AUGGUGACUCUGAGCGACUUCCAGCGGAUCGGCCUGGGACUGGUCGGCUUUGGUGUCUUCUUCAUCCUCUUUGGGAUGCUCUUGUACUUCGACUCGGUGCUCCUGGCCUUUGGGAACAUCCUCUUCCUUGCAGGCUUGAUCUUCAUCAUCGGCUUCAGGCGGACCUUCACCUUCUUCUUCCAGAGGCAAAAGCUGAAGGGCACCAGCUUCUUCCUGGGGGGGAUCCUCAUCGUCCUCAUGCGGUGGCCGCUCCUGGGCAUGCUGCUGGAGGCUUACGGCUUCGUCAGCCUCUUCAGGAGUUUUUUCCCGGUGGCUUUUGGGUUUUUGGGCUCGCUGGGAAAUAUCCCCGUCCUGACCAAGCUCUUGCAGAAGCUGGGAGAAAGCAGCUCCAUGGUGUGACCGCAGGAUGGGUCCAGCUGGAGACGGGGCAGCGCGGGCGAGCCAUGGGUCCCGCGGGACCGGGAGCUGCUGCCCCAGGGCUCGGAGCUGGCCCCGCUGCAGGGACAGUGCCUCACAGGCUGCGCCAGGCAGGCU